GGGAGAAAAGAAGGAAGGAGCUGCUUGGAAGGGACCGGCCGAGGAAACAAAUACUCCCCCGCCCCCGCCCGCCCCCGCCCGCCUCCUCGGAAGACCUGGAGGCCGCGGCGGGAGAGGCCCGGGCUGGAGAGGCCGCGGCGCCUCCGGGCGGGGUGGGGCGCAGCCGAGCCAGCGGCCCCGGGAAAGGGGCUACGCGCGGGGCUGGCGCGCCGGGUGCGCCCGGGGCCAAGCGCUGCUGGCGAGGCCGGCGGCCGCGAGCGGUCGGUUAAUGAUUUAAUCACCCGCCGGGGGCGGUGGAGCCGCGGUCGGCCGUCUCUGGCUCCGCCCCCUCCCCGGAGCGCCCCCAGCCGGGGGUACAAAACUGCCCCUGUCCCCGGUGCGUCCCCCACCAGCUGCCCUGCGGCCUGGGCCGCCGCGGCCCUAUGAUCUCCUCCUUGUCACCCCCUCCACCCGCCGGACUUCAGAUCUGACCCCCGACCCGCCUGCCGCCCUCGGGAGGCCCGCCCCCCAGCACGAUGCCUAUCCUCAAGCAGCUCGUGUCCAGCUCGGUGCACUCCAAGCGCCGCUCCCGCGUGGACCUCACGGCCGAGAUGAUCAGCGCCCCCCUGGGCGACUUCCGGCACACCAUGCACGUGGGCCGGGCGGGGGAUGCCUUUGGGGACACCUCCUUCCUCAACAGCAAGGCCGGCGAGCUGGACGGUGAGUCCCUGGAUGAGCAGGCCUCCUCCUCGUCCUCCAAACGCAGCCUCCUGUCGCGGAAGUUCCGGGGCAGCAAGCGGUCGCAGUCGGUGACCCGGGGGGACCGGGAGCAGAGGGACAUGCUGGGCUCCUUGCGGGACUCGGCUCUGUUCGUCAAGAACGCCAUGUCCCUGCCCCAGCUGAACGAGAAGGAGGCGGCCGAGAAGGGCUCUGGCAAGCUGCCCAAGAGCCUGUCGUCCAGCCCCGUGAAGAAGGCGAGCGCCGGGGAGGGCGGCCAGGAGGAGGCGGGCGAGGGCGAGUUUGGGCCUCGGCGGAACGGGGCCGCCGCCCCCCACUCCCCGGACCCCCUCCUGGACGAGCAGGCCUUCGGGGACCUGACGGAGCUGCCCGUCGUGCCCAAGGCCGGCUUGGGGCUCAAGCACGCCGAGUCCAUCAUGUCCUUCCACAUUGACCUGGGGCCGUCCAUGCUGGGCGACGUCCUCAGCAUCAUGGACAAGGAGGAGUGGGAACCGGAGGAGGAGGAUGGCGGUUACCUCGACGACGGGGCCGCGGCCCGCCGCGGCGCCCUGCAGGCUCCCGCGGUGGCCGGGGCGGCCCCUCCCCGGGCCAGGCAGGAGGGCGCGGCCGGCGGGGACCUGCCCCAGGACGAGGGGUGGGCGGCGGCCCCCAGCCCGGCCUCGGCCCGCAGCGAGGGCAGCCACACCCCGCGGGACAGCAGCUCCCUGUCCAGCUGCACCUCGGGCGUCCUGGACGAGCGCAGCCCGGCCUCCCGCGGCCCCGACAGGGCCCGGGCCCCACUGGCCCGGCAGCCCGACAAGGAGUUCUCCUUCAUGGACGAGGAGGAGGAUGAGGAGAUCCGAGUGUGAGUGAGGGGCUCCCGCGGGGCUCCGUCUCCUCCCUGCCCCCGGGGCCGCCGCCCCCUUCCCUGCCCCGUCCCGUGCAGGGCAGCCAAGAACCCUGGACUCUCCCGGGCGCGGGGAGCUGGCGGCGGCUGCAGGGUGGGCGCAGCCCUGCUGAGCGCUGCGGGACAGGAACCGGCCGUCCCUUUCCUCCACCCCGGCCUCAGUGGAUGCCACUGGCGGCCAAGUUCCUGCCUCGUCUGGCCGCCGCAGCUCAGCCCCGGGGUGGCCGGGGGCCACGGCUAAGGACGCUCGGCUCACCUUCCCUCUCCUGGCGUCUCUGCUGCGACUGGUGGCGUGUGGCAGGAGGAAGGGUGGUCACGGCCCCCGGCCCCUCCGUCCUUCAUCCCCAGCUCCUGCACCACAAGCCUGGAGCCCCUCGGAGCAAAGCCGGACCAGAUGUGUGCACUAAACGCAGCCCCUUCCAGGGGACAAGAACGGGACGGGGAACGAAAGGAGGCCCCGGGCUUCUUGAAUUUUCUAGAAGGGGCUCUUUCCAGGAUGACACUAGGAACAGGCUGGGCGCUCACUAGCUCGGCCCCUGUUGAUUUGUUUGUUCUUCUUGUUCUUCUUGUUUAAAUCCUUCCAGAGCGGUAUCUGGAACAGUGUUAGCAGGUCUGCCGCCAGAAGGAAAAUCGAUCCUUUUAGAAAACCUUUAUACUAAGUGCUUCCAAACUUUAUUUAGAACUGUAUGGGGUGGGUGUCCGUGCAUGUCUGUCCCUCCUCCCACCCCAUAGCUACUAACAAUUGAAGGCAGCCGGUGUAGAAAAUUUCUGGAAGAUGAUUUUUUUUUUUUUUAAAUA